ACACAGAGCAACUAAUAUUUUCAGGAAGUGCACUUCCCAGAAACAGGAAGUCCCAUUUGUCAGUUUAGUGAGACUGGGUAACUGAGAGCUGCCAGAGGGGAGAAUAAAUGGUGGAGAAUGAAAACCUUAUAAAACAUGGCAUUACGACAACAUCGCCAUUUCUUUCCUAUGCUGAAUUGGAUUCUCAAAAUGCUCCUUCCUUUAUGCGCAGGGACUGGAGAGCCAAAAUUAUUAUUUUUCGACACUGUCUUUGUGGGUUUCACGGGUGAAGAUCUCCACGUUCCUUAUGAGCUGAACAUCCCGACGAACCAAAGUGAAGACACCUUGGCGUGUUUUGACCCUUAUAACCAGAUGAUUUUUAAACACAAAGUUCCUGCAACUCAAGGCCAUGCGGUGACCAACAAAGCCAUUAUUCAACUGAAAAUGCUCAUGAGUUCCGGAGAAUAUCAUUGCCAUUAUAAGGGGGCCAAAGCGUACUUGUUUCUUCGACUGAAAGAUGAAGGCUACAGGGAUCUCGCUAUGGUGGACUACACCGACUUCAUCGUGGUGGCCUGCUUCUGUGGUGUGUUGCUGGUUUUUAGUGUGCUCAGCUCUGUGUAUGUCUUCAGAGGAACUUGGAAAAAACAAAUCCCCAAGUGUGGCAAUCCGAGCACCGAUCGAAAGCAGAACAACGAACGAACACAAGCAGAAAAGCCUGAGGAUGACGGUAUGGGUGUAAUAAUAGCUUCUUCCACAUCCCUCUAUGCUAGUCUUGAGCCACGACCACGUUCCAUUUAUGAUGUGCUUGACCGCUCAGCUGUCAACGCAGAGUCACAGCAGAAGAAGCCUGCUCUCAAGCCAAAAACCAGUCAGAAACCGGGGGAACAACGCAAGCAAGCACAUGAGGAAGGGGCAUUUGAGUCUGUCUACGAGAAUUUCUGAAUCAUCAAGAACUCUGUGUCAAACCUGGCUGACAUUGUAACCCAUAAAUACAUUAUAUAUUGUAAAGACUCAUUCAUGUAUAUAUGCCAGUGCUUAACUGUUACGUCUCCCUCAGGAAAAGAAAAUAUUUCCUGCCCCCACCUGUCUGCCGUGACAAUUAUAUUGUCUAUAAAAUUGUUAUUAACUGUAUUUCUGCAUACCAUUGUGUCCUCAACAUUUCAAAGAAUAAAUAUAUUUACAUUUUUGGACCUCAA